AUGCCAGCCAACCUCACAGAGCGUGGCCCGGACUCCGACGCCUCCAGCAGGACCACGCAGACCCUGGAUGCUUCCCCAGUCCUCUGCACCGAAACGGUGACUUUCAUGGAAGUGGUGGAAGGGGAGGAGUGGGGCUCCUUCUACUACUCCUUUAAGACUGAGCAGAUGAUAACUCUGUGGAUCCUGUUUGUUUUCACCAUUGUUGGAAACUCCAUGGUGCUGUUCUCUAUGUGGAGGAGGAAGAGGAAGUCAAGAAUGACCUUCUUUGUGACUCAGCUGGCUAUCACAGACUCUUUCACAGGUCUGAUUAACAUCUUGACAGACAUCAUUUGGCGAUUCCCUGGAGACUUUCUGGCACCUGAUCUCGUUUGCCGAGUGGUCUGCUAUUUGCAGGUUGUGCUUCUCUAUGCUUCUACCUAUGUGCUGGUGUCCCUCAGCAUAGACAGAUACCAGACCAUUGUCUACCCUAUGACAUUCCUGCAAGGAGAAAAGCAAGCCAAGGUCCUCAUCAUGAUUGCCUGGAGCCUCUCUUUCCUUUUCUCCAUUCCCACCCUGAUCAUAUUUGGGAAAAGGAAACUCUCUAAUGGUGAAGUGCAGUGCUGGGCGUUAUGGCCUGAUGACUCCUACUGGACCCCGUACAUGACCAUCGUGGCCUUCCUGGUGUACUUCAUCCCCCUGACAAUCAUCAGUGCCAUCUAUGCCAUUGUGAUCCGAACCAUUUGGAUUAAGAGCAAAGCCCACGAGACCAUGAUCUCCAACUGCUCGGAUGGAAAGCUGUGCACCAGUUACCACCGAGGGCUCAUCUCAAAGGCAAAAAUCAAAGCCAUCAAGUAUAGCAUUGUCAUCAUUCUGGCCUUCAUCUGCUGUUAGAGUCCAUACUUCUUCUUCGACAUAUGGGACAAUUUCAGUCUUCUUCCAGACACCAAGGAACGCUUCUAUGCCUCUGUGAUCAUUCAGGACCUGCCAGCCUUGAAUAGCGCCAUCAACCCUCUCAUCUACUGUGUCUUCAGCAGCUCCAUCAGCUUUCCCUGGAAGCAAACAUCACGGGAUUCCAGAAUGACAUUCCAGGAGAGAACUCAGAGGCACGAGAUGCAGGUUCUAUCCAAGCCAGAAUUUAUCUAG